GGCUCCCAGUGGCCGGGAGAGCGCGCCCAGUGGAAGCUGGCUUAGCGGGAAGGAGUCAUGGUGGUCGACGGAGCACCGGGGAGCUCGAGCGUCCAGCCAGAGAGCGCCCCCGCCCCUCAGGUCCAGCCACCGGCCCGCUACGCAUGCGCAGCCGCAAUGAUGCUCUAAUCUUUGACCCCUGCCGGUCAGACCUAGGGCCCUGUGUAGAUCUGAGUCAAGCAGGCACACCAUGAACACGUCACCAGGCACGGUGGGCAGUGACCCCGUCAUCUUGGCCACUGCUGGCUAUGACCACACGGUGCGGUUCUGGCAGGCCCACAGCGGGAUUUGUACGCGAACGGUGCAGCACCAGGACUCCCAGGUGAACGCGCUGGAGAUCACACCUGACCGCAGCAUGAUUGCUGCUGCAGGUUACCAGCACAUUCGCAUGUAUGAUCUCAACUCCAAUAACCCCAACCCCAUCAUCAGCUAUGAUGGGGUCAACAAGAACAUCGCGUCUGUGGGCUUCCACGAGGACGGCCGCUGGAUGUACACUGGUGGGGAGGACUGCACCGCCCGGAUCUGGGACCUCAGGUCCCGGAACCUGCAGUGUCAGCGGAUCUUCCAGGUGAAUGCACCCAUUAACUGUGUGUGCCUGCACCCCAACCAGGCAGAGCUCAUUGUGGGUGACCAGAGUGGUGCCAUCCACAUCUGGGACCUGAAAACGGACCACAACGAGCAGCUGAUCCCAGAGCCUGAGGUCUCUAUCACAUCAGCCCACAUCGACCCCGAUGCCAGCUACAUGGCUGCGGUCAAUAGCACUGGGAACUGUUAUGUCUGGAACCUGACCGGGGGCAUUGGCGAUGAGGUGACACAGCUCAUCCCCAAGACCAAGAUCCCAGCGCACACCCGCUACGCCCUGCAGUGCCGCUUCAGCCCAGACUCCACGCUCCUUGCCACCUGCUCGGCUGAUCAGACGUGCAAGAUUUGGAGGACGUCCAACUUCUCCCUGAUGACGGAGCUGAGCAUCAAGAGCAGCAACCCCGGAGAGUCGUCCCGAGGCUGGAUGUGGGGCUGCGCCUUCUCAGGGGACUCCCAGUACAUUGUCACUGCUUCCUCUGACAACUUGGCCCGGCUCUGGUGCGUGGAGACCGGAGAGAUCAAGAGAGAGUACGGCGGCCACCAGAAAGCUGUCGUCUGCUUGGCCUUCAAUGACAGUGUGUUGGGCUAGCCUGUGUCCCCUUGGGAUUUCAGGCAGCCGUCCAGGCGGCACCAGCUGGAUGUGUCUGUUCAGCUGCCCAGUCAGAGUGACACCCUGUGGGCUGGCCUCUACCACCCUAGGCUCACUGGACCUGACUAACCUACCUUGGCCCCCUGGCCAGACUAGAGUGGUCAGGCCAGGCCACUCUGGGACUCUCUCAGUGCCAGUUGCUUAGGUGGAUGUGACAAAUUUUGGAUCCACAGGGCCCAGAGUCGCCGAGGGGUAUCCGAGCCUGGUGCCCACCCCCAAGCCAGUGGCUCCCCCUCCCCCUCUCUUCCCCUGUUUUGUGUCCCAAGGCCACAGAGGACACCGUCACAGCCAGGUGGAGUGGUUUAUUAGCCCCGCAAGCAGCCACCCUCCAUGGACUGGUGACCGCACCGGCCAGCUGGCUGGCCUGUGGGGCCAGGCGGGGGGCUUAGUCCGGGAGGUAAUAAAAGCAGAUGGACAC